CAACAUUGCACAACUCGGGUCCUACAACGCACGAACAUACACAAACCCAAGCACAUCAGUAGAUCGGCAUGGCGCACUUCCAGGAGGUGGACUACUGCUCGGAGGAGGUGAGGGCGGUGGGCUACCCGGCCCGCCGCGGCUGCGGCGGCGUGCAGGAGCACAUCGUCAAGGAGACGUUCGUGCAGGAGUUCGACACCGCCGGCCGCCGCCAUGGUCACCACGGUCACCACGGCCGUGGCUCCGGCCACUUCGAGGUGCGCGAGAGCAGGCUGGAGGAGGACAUCAACACCCGCACCGGCGAGUUCCACGAGCGCAAGGAGAACUUCGUCGUCAGGGCCGAUGACUAAGCUUACACGUUACGGAGCACACUACGAUGUGUGUAUAUGUCGGCAUCAUAUAUAUGUAUGUGUGAUGUUGCGCACAGUCGUAUAGCGUAUGCAGGCGUGCGUGUUUGGCGGCUAUCAGCCCCGAUCGUGCGCGCGUGCAGCGCUUAAAUAAGCGCUGAUCGUGAACAAGAAUAAAGCUUCUCGUGAUAAAUAUUCCA